AAAUAGCAAUCCGGGGCCAAAUUGCUAUUGUCAAAAUGAUAAAGCUUGUGCUAGUAGUGUCUUUAGCAGCCGCUGCUUUUGCGGCUCAUAUCGAAAAAGAAGUUAUCCCAAUUGUGAGUCAAGAAAGUGAAGUUGACUACACCGGAAAAUUUCACUACAGYUAUGAGUCCGGAGACGGAAGUAGAGCGCAAGAAGUUGGGGAAUUGAAGACUUUUGAUAAAGACAACGCUGGAGAAGUUGUCAGUGGAGAUUUCCAAUACACUGGGGAUGAUGGUAAAACUUAUAAGGUUUCUUAUACUGCUGAUGAGAAUGGGUAUCGGCCACAAGGAGAGCACAUCCCGCAAGUGCCACCACUGAUUGCACGUGCUUUAGAUUAUCUGGCAACAGCUCCGCCACCGAAAGAUGRGAAAUAUUAGAUUUGUUACRCAUUUUGUAUAUCAACUGCCACAGCCAUAUUURUGAUUUGUAAAAUACACAUAAAUAAAUAUUUUUGAACGGUU